AUGGACAACCUCGAUGUUGUGCGGAACACCUGGGAGUCCGAGCACCAGGAGCUGCUGCGCUCCGAGCGAGUGCUGGCGGCGUUGCGCCAGGCCCGGCAGUCCCUACAGCAGCGCCAGGAGGAACUUGUCGAGGAAUGUGCCAGCCUUCGCGAAGAGGUGGCGCAAGACCCCCGAGUGGCCGCAUGUGUGGCAUUGGAGCACGAAAUUGAGGCGCUUCAGGCGUCAUUGGAAAGCUUCGGCCCCAAGAAGUUUGCGCUGGUACGUGAACAGCAAGCGCAGCUCCAGGCAUUUGAAGCUAGCAAAGCUCAAGAAGCUGAACUUCGACAAGAGUUGAUGGGUUUGGACAAGGUUGAACAAGGUCUUCAGAACGACUUGCAUGCUGUGAGGGCCAAGGGCACCGAAGUGGAGCAGCAGGCCAAAUCAUUGGUGGACUCUGAGGUGCUUCUACGUGCCGAAGCCCAAGCGCGAGAGCUCCAAAUGGACCUUCAGGCGGCCGAACUGGAGGCUUCACAGAUGAGGCAAAAGUUAGCCGAGUCCUGGGUGACCGAUGGGGCGAAUCGGAGUAGUGGGGAUCUGGAGAAUUUGGAAGAGAUGGAACGUGCACUUCAGUGGCUCGUGAAGACACAACAGGCCGCCGACAGUGAGAGGCAGUUGGUGGAGCGCUUGGAACGCAAAGAAGCCGGGCUUCAACGGCGCUUGCGUGAAGUGAGCCAGGAGAAAGCCAACUUGACCUCGAUGAGGGUGGAUUUGGGGGAUGCUGGCAAAGCCAUGCGAGAAACUAUGGCAUCCCAAAGCGAAGGAUAUGUCAAAGAGCUUGCGAGCUUGGAGGAAGCGAGGCGCAUCACCUUUUCGGAUCGAGUGAAGUUGAUGCAGGACUGUGCAGAUUUGCAGGACAAGCUUGACAGCAUGCGGUCCGCCGAAGCAGGUGGUGCUCUCUUGCGCGGUCGCCAUACGAAAUUGCAGGCUACUUGCCGCAGUGUUGCAGACCAAAGCCAACGCUUGCGAGACAUGAAUGCAGUACUUGGUGCUUUGCUGCUUGGUGAUGAGCUGGAAGUUGAUGAUCGUAUUUCAGACAUGGAUGCAGAUGAGACAACUGUGGUGAUGCGUGUCCUAACACUUCUCAAGAAGUUGCUGGACCGGCAGGACUCAUACCACAGGGAGAAAGAGCAACUGUCAGAGAGGAUCCGAAGCCUAGAACGUGCAGCGGCUUUGCCAGGUUCUGCUGACAGAAGUGCAGAAAGUCCCGCCGAGGCUGCAGAUGCACCUGGACUAGCAUCAAGCAUCAAAUCCCGCGUGGCGCAGUGGCGGGAUGUAUUGACGCAAAAUGUUCGCCGCUGCGCUACGGUUGUUCCGAGCUUUGGGGUGUUCUUACUCCUGUGCCAAAAUUGGGUCACUAAACACCACAGGCAGCUUUUGGAGAUGCAAUUUUUAAGUCAGAGCUUUGUCAUGCUUCAUCAUUUGACUUUGAUCACUCUUCUGAACUUGUGCUGA